AUGCUCAAUCUCGAAACAUCUCGCGACAUUUGCAGGUAGCCGCCGGCAACGGGCAAAAUAACAAGGUCAGAGACCAGUGACACGUGCGUGAACACCAGCUGACCAAAGGUGUGCAGACUGUUAGGCAAUCACUUUCUAGAAGCAAGGAGAAAGCUCCCGUUCUUUAGUUCUUUGUCGUCUCAGAGAUGGCCAGAGGAAGCCGCAGCCGUUCCUCAGCUCCAGCCAGCCCAACUCAAACCCAUGCUCCGGCCCCCGCCCAUCCACCUCCUGCUGCCUUGGCCCCGGCUCCAGCUCAGUCCCAGGGUCCUGGGCUCAUGGCCCAGAUGGCUACCACAGCUGCUGGGGUGGCAGUAGGCUCGGCUGUGGGCCAUGUCGUUGGCAGCGCCCUCACAGGAGCAUUUAGUGGCAGCAGCAGCAGUUCAGAGCCAGCCAAGCCGUCGUACCAGGAGCCCCCCCGGCCUGCUCCAGCCCAGACAGGCCCCUGUCACUUUGAGGUCAAACAGUUCCUGGACUGUGCCACCAACCAGACUGACCUGAGUUUAUGUGAGGGCUUCAAUGAGGCGCUCAAACAGUGCAAGUACUCCCACGGUGUGACAUCACUGGUGUGAAGAAUCGGCGUCAGCUGUCACAACGGACAUAUUUCACUAAUGAAACAUACUGUAGACCAUGACCGUGUACCUGUACCUCUGGCAGUGAGACACCUGAUUGGUUUUGUUGAUUAAUGUAUGGAAUGUUUUUGGGUUGUACAGUGAUAAACCUUGAAUAAAUAGCUGCUAUCUACUUGUACUUUC